UCUUCAAGUAAUGAGACAGUUCGCAUUAACAUUGUCGAAGCUACAAGUUUAUAGUAUCGCAUGCUCUCCGCUUAUUCUCCUGUCCUAUUUAUUUUCCUCUCUAUAAGGAAGGCGUAAACAAAUUCUUUACGGUGUUUUGACGUGAGUGAAAGCAUUCGUUUAUUGUGUUUCCCAAGGAGAAAGACACACACAAGCAUGCAAUUGGUAACGAAAGAAGUAGGUUUACGAACUGAGACUGUUUUGCCAUAUGAGAUAUGAGGUCGAAUUGAAUCGAGAAAAGUGAUGGGUCAACCGCUUCGGGACAAAUCUGAGAAUCACUCAGUUCUAUCUCAAGCCAAAUCCACAACUACAGCUAGUUUUACGGUAGCAAAUGGAGAGACGAUAAAAUAUGGAUAUAAUUAUUUACGAAGACUUUGCAGAGAGAGAGGGCUUUUAUUUGAAGAUCCGGAUUUUCCUCCAACACCUAGAAUGCUAUUUGGAAAGAACAAAAAAAGUUAUACGUAUAUAUCAUGGUUACGUCCCUUUGAACUUUGUGGCCAUCCGAAAUUUAUUUCUGAUGGAGCAUCUCGCUUUGAAAUUGAACAAGGAGAUUUAGGUGAUUGUUGGUUAGUUGCAGCUAUUUCUUGUCUUACCUUAACACCAAGGUUUUUAGAACGUGUUGCUCCAUCUGACCAAAAUUUUGGUUCUGGUUAUUGUGGAAUUUUUCGAUUUAGAUUUUGGAGGUUUGGUGAAUGGAUUGAAGUCAUAGUAGAUGAUCGUUUACCAACAUUUAGAGGUCGUUUACUCUUUCUUCAUUCUUCUGAUCCUGAAGAAUUCUGGGCAGCAUUAUUAGAAAAAGCUUAUGCAAAAUUUUAUGGAGGAUAUGAUAAUCUUCAUUAUAGUCAUACAGGCCAAGUGUUACAAGAUUUAACAGGUGGUAUUGCUCAAAGUUUUCAUCUGUCAGAACAUGAUCCUCAUGUUGUAUUUCAAAUGAUUAGCAGUGCUGUUACAAAAUCUACAUUACUGGCAGCUAGUAUAUUGUUAACUCACACUUCUCCUAUAAGACUUCGAAAUGGUUUAAUGACUCAACAAGCUUAUAAUAUCACUGGUAUGGCAAAGGUAAGAACUGAUUUAGAUGAUGUAAUAUUAAUAAGAAUGAGGAAUCCUUGGAACAAAAGUAAAUGGAAUGGCCCCUGGAGUGAUAGAUCCUGGGAAUGGGAUAGAGUUUCUGAAAGGGAUCAAGAAUUACUUGCUCUUCAAUUACAAGAUGAAGGAGAAUUUUGGAUGUGCUUUGAAGAUUUUAUUCAAAAUUACACACAUUUAGAUUUAUUACAUAUUGGUCCCGAUGAUUGGAUGCAGGAAGGUACUUUACAUAAUCGCAAACCUUGGAGGGCAGUUUUAGCUAGACGACGUUGGCGUCGUGGUUAUAAUGCUGGUGGUAGUCCUGAAUUUAAAGAUACAACAUCUACAAAUCCUCAGUUUCGUGUACAUAUUCCAGAUAAUGGAAUUAAGAAAUGUCACAUGGUUGUAUCUGUUAUACAAAACUAUCAUCCUAAUUAUAACAAUGAAAAUAAAAAAAAAAAUUUUGUUCCUAUUGGAUUUGCCAUUUAUGAGGUUCCAACAAAUAUGUCCAGGCUGACAACUCAAUUUAUUUAUUCUCAUCAUCCAUUAGAUAUUACAAUACAUUCACCUGCUAGAGAAACAGUUACAUUUUUUACCUUACCUCCUGGUGAUUUUAUUAUUAUGCCAUGUACAAACUCACCAAAUUGUGAAACAAAAUUUUUAUUGCGGAUUUUGAUGGAUGAACAUUGUACAAUAUGGGAGGUAAAUGAUGACAACAUAAUAUAUCGGGAUUUAAGUUUCUUCAGAGCUGAAGAUUUUCAGUUAAAUCAAAAAAGAAGAAAUGUUGUUAUAAAAAUAAUAGAAAAAUUUCCAGAUGAUGUAGAUUCAGUUUUACUAUUAAAGAUUCUGAGAACAUAUUGGAAAUCACAUUACUCAUCAUGCUGA